AGUUACUAUCCCGAAUCGAUAAACCCGAAAGACCACGAUCAUCGUUCGUCGUCUGCACAAGCGUACCUUACUCCCGUCGAAAAUGAGAGAACGAAUUGGCUCACGCUGAUUAACAAUCGCGUGACCAAGGUGCUUCUUUCCGGGUCCGCUCCUAACGUAAAGGCGACAGGUGUCCAGUUCAAGAACUCGAACAACACGGGGAAUACGUUCACUGUCCAUGCUCGUAAGGAAGUGAUUCUAUCCGCAGGUGCGAUUGCCUCCCCUCAGUUACUUCAGCUGUCCGGGAUUGGCGACCCGUCUGUCCUCGAUCCACUUGGAAUUGAUGUGAGGGUCAAUCUGCCGACUGUCGGGCGAAACUUCCAGGAUCGAACAGCAAGCAAUAUCGUGCAUUCUACACAACCUUCUUUUGACGCAGGCGGCACAGGGCCCGAGUUUACAAUUGCGUUCUUGAAUAUUCAUGAGCUCUUCUCUGAAGGUGCAGGCACAAAUGGAAGUGUGACGGGUGACGACAUUGCUAGAUACGUCUUGACUCAAUAUCCGUCUUGGGCACAAAGUCAAGCAGUCAAUGGAUUGAAUGCUGACGCGCUUACUACGAUAUUUAGCAUCCAAGCUGACCUGAUUGCGAAUCAUCAUGCUCCUGUUUGUGAAAUUUACCUUGGGAUCGGCAAUUCCAGCGGCAUCAACACUACCCUGUGGAACAUACUUCCGUUCAGCCGCGGUAAUAUCACCAUUAAGGACACAAGUGUCUUCACAAAACCGAAGGUUACAGUGAACUAUUUCGAUGUCGAUUAUGACCUCGCCGUCCAGACAGCCGGAACCCGAGUUGGCCGGAAGGUGCUUAAUCAUCCAGCGUUCGCGUCCAUCUCAUCUGGAGAGACCGAUCCUGGAAUCGAUGUAGUUCCUGACGAUAGAAACGGUGGUACAGAUAAUGCAUGGCAUUCGUGGAUUCACGACGAAUUUGCGUCAGUGUUUCAUGAGAUUGGUUCUGCGGCGAUGAUGCGGCGUGAUUUGGGAGGGGUCGUGGAUGGCAAGCUUCGCGUCUACGAUACAGUGAACCUACGUGUCGUAGAUGCAAGUAUACUUCCUCUCCACAUUAGUGCCCAUCCAAGUGAGACGCUUUAUGGUGUUGCAGAGAAAGCAGCGGAUAUCAUCAAGUCUGGCGUGUGA